GUCCUCGAUCACCGCGGUCCUCCAAUAUUUUCGUCCAACUGGCCUGGCACAGCAUGGAUAGGGGAUCGGAGAGAGGGAGCAGCGGUCGGAGAAGAAAGAUGGUCCGCCACAUUAGCGCAACAACGGGCUCUUCGUCUGUCUCGCCUUCUACUGAGUCAUCGUCGGCCUUAACACCGGUGUCGUCCUUGACCUCGGCCUCGCAUUACCGACUCGACGAAGAGGGUCGACUCGUCACUGUCGAGCGCCCUCCUUCUUCUUCAUGGCAAGGCAUGAGCUUGGACUCUGCAAUUUCGACGCCCGACAAGAGGACACUCCCAUCUCAUGCCGGUCGCCUCUCCUCGCUUGCUUCUCCGUUUGAGCUCGCAAAGGCCAAAGAAGUGCCGCUGGUGGAUGUGCCCAAGGAGGCAGCAAGACCGAAGACGUCGAAGACAGUCAGGCUCAUGAAGGAGCCUAUCGACAUAUAUCGAUGGCGACCCGUGCUCACGCCCUGUUCCAAGGGACCCAGCCUCGACUCGGCCCUUACCCACUGGAUUUAUGUCGAGGGCACAAAGGAUAGCGCCGAUGGCCAGCCCUGGCACACGUCACUGAUUUGGUCUGUCUCGUCGUCCAGUCUCAUUCACACUCGGUCCGGCAGCACCUAUCGGCUAGUAGGGCCGCCUCAUAUGGAGAAGCAGUGGCCAAAGGCGAUGUGCGACGCCUUCUACGAUGGCUUUCCCCGACGCGAGUGGAUCGUAUUGAUGGCACAGGAGGCAAGAAGGCAGGGCUACUUCAACGAGGAAAAAAACCUCUCCAUGAAAGAUGUGCAAGGGACUGGCCGUAAUGACGUGCCGGAGCACCACCGCCAAAAGAAGACUGAGGGCAAGGGUGUCGUGAACGACCCAGCCGUGAACAGCUGCCAGUCGAGCAAGCAGUCGAAGCGUACCAAUUUCAAGAUUGGCGAGGGCGAGGAGGUGAAUGGCGAACAAUCGGCAAUGUCCUCGCAGUGCCCUAGUGGACCGGCCACGCUAUUCUGCAAAGGACAGCUGGACACUGCUGAGCUGAUUGCACCACAAUCGACCCAGGCAGGGAAAGUGGCCGUAGAGGCCAUAGAGAAUUCCACACUGGCGAGGAGCGUGGCCGCAAAAGAUGACGAGUCGCGCAUAGCCGCGAUUGCUGAGCCCAUCCCUGGCUCAUCUACCACGGCGCCAAGCGAGAUGCCGACAGUAGUGGCCUCGACAUCGACGACGGGCAAGUCGAACUUGGACGCCCUGGUUGCUGACGUGCCACAGCCGAAUAAGCCAAAGAGGACCGCAAACACCUCUUCCCAGAAGAGGCACGCGAAGAGCCGCACGCUUCUCAAGGAGCUGGCAGGCCUUCGGAGGUCCAAGCUGGGCAUCUUGGCCGUCGUUGACGAUGCGAUCCAGGAGAGCAUGUGCUGGGAUCCAGAGGAAGACACUGAGCCGAGGCUGGAGGGGGAGACGAGAAGGCAGACAAGGUCGAGGAUGCGAGCCUCGACGUCUUCAAGCGAUUCGAAUACGGUCAAGACCCUGGGAAAGGUGGCAGGAGAAGAGGAAAAGGAAUCGACGAGGUCGCGUCAAUCUCUGAAGAGAAGGAGAAUCUGUAGCGGCGAUGAUGAAGUGGCCGAGGAAGGAAAUUGCGCCGAGACGACGAUCGGUGCAAGUGAGACCGAAGAAAGAAAGACCACGCCGCAGCAGCGCCGACGGUCGAAAGGCGUCGGCAAAUGGUGGCAGGUGUCGAACGGAGAGGACGAUGGACAGCCGCCCAAGCGCAGGGCUGCAGUACGAUCUAGGAGUGCUAUUGCGGCUGCGGCGGCCGACCAGGAGGCAGCGAGAGCAUUGACGGAUCUGGCGGGCGGCGAAGGCGGGACGGUGUCAUCAGAAGAGGAGCUCGACUCCGAGGACGAAUACGUGGGAGAGGGCAUCCUCGCAGCUAAAAAGGAGCAGGCCUCCGACACAGAAGAAGACGACCCACGGCAAUUGGGCGAGAAGAGGGCAGAGACUGCAGACAAGAGCGUCGUUGGCCUCCAAGAAGACAAGAUUGUUGGCGGUGAAUUACAGGGUACUCGGUCAGCGCUUACAGGCACCGACGAGGCAGAGGCGGGCGCGAGAGACUCGGAGAAGCUUUGCGAAGAGGAGGUACAUUUGAAACUGGAAGAAGAUGUGGACAAUUUUGGCGAUACCGAAAGCCAAGCCACGCCAGGCGUCAGCCUCACUGACAGUCCACUGUCGUCGCCGCCGUUGUCGUCGUCGACGUCUUCUUCGCCAUCGACGUCGAGUGAAGCGGCUGUCAACGUCAACGCGCAAGUGGUUGGGGAGGAUAUGCGUCUCUUCGAGAACACACGAACCAGCAUCACUUUACCUAAGUCGGCGGACAGAGGUUACGCUUUGCCAAACGCAAUGUUGCUGAACGGAUCGACAAGCAACGAGAGCGACUUCAACAUGUCCGACUAUGUCGCGAUCGCCAGCGACGAGGAGGACACAACGGCAACCUAUGCCAGCGCAUGCAAACGAAGAUUCCGUCACUCCCUCGUUGUCACACAUUGACCUCUACUUGUUCUGAAGCUGGGAUGUGGUAUUGAAGGAAUUGUAAUUCUAGUAUACAGC